AUGACUAUCAAUGAAAGUGAUAAGCUUGGUGGUCACAAUGGUUUCCAUGGCGCCGCCUUCGCCCGGCCCGAUGGGGGCUUUCCUUCUCGCCCAGGGAAUGCAGCCAACGAAUGGUCGGAGAAAGAACCAUUAACGCUGCAUGAAGAGCAACGCCAGCUCAAACACUGGACGGACCAAUUGCUUCUGAGUCGUCCUGCGGAAUUCAUUUGCGACAUGCCACGCCCUGAGACUUUGUCUGGCCAUGUUGAUCAAGAAACCCUGCGGAUCGAGGGCUCAUUGUAUAACAAAAUGCAACAAUACUGCGAGUCCCACCAAGUUUCUCCUUUCACAGCACUGCUGGCGGCUUUUAGGGCUGCUCACUAUCGCUUGACGGGGAUGGAAGACGCUACAAUUGGCGUUCCCAAGGAGGGUCAUCGGACUGAGGACUCGAGAAAUGUGGCAGAUGUUCUCCACAAGUUUCAAUGUUUUCGUCUCAUCAUUGAUGAUGAAACAUUUCAGGAUCUGGUAGAUCAAAUUGGAACAACGGCGGCUAAUAUGAGAGCCAAUCGAGAUGUCUCUAUUGAGAAGGUUGCCGCCCGCUUAGAUGAAGAAAGAGAUUUUCGCCGUCAGCCACUUCUACAGGUAGCCUUUUCAUUCUAUACUCAGGAUGCUCCGCCACCGAGAACUUCUAUGAGUUGUGAUACGGACCUUAGCUUCCAAAUAUUUGAUAGCCAUAACAGCCUAGAAUGUUGUGCUGUAUUUUCUACGGAUCUCUAUGGAAAGGGGACCGUGAACAACAUUCUUGCUAUUUUCCAGAAGACACUCGAGGGCUGCUUGUAUGCGCCAACAACUCCUAUCAAAGAAAUAUCUCUACUGGGGACUAAAGACAUUGAAACACUCGACCAAAUGGGUUUGCUUCGAGCCGACAGAACUGAUUACCCCCGCGAACUUAGUGUGGUAGAUGUCUUCCGGCAGCAGGUCUCGGGUAACCCUACUGGAGUGGCGAUUAGAGAUCGCUCUGGCUCAGUCACGUAUUUUGAGUUGGAUAAAAGAUCAAACAAAAUUGCCUCUUGGCUUUUGAAGCAAUCUUUAGCCCCGGAAACCCUAAUUGGUGUUCUGUCAUCAAGAUGCUCCGAGACCAUUAUCGCUUUUAUCGGAAUCUUAAAGGCAAACCUGGCGUAUUUACCGCUGGAUACAAAGACUCCACAUUAUCGCAUGAAAUCCAUUAUUUCUUCUAUGACAGGAAGAAAAAUUAUCUUCCUGGGCCCUGAAACGGAAGCUCCUGAUGACCUGGGCGAGAUCGAAUAUGUACGCAUAUCUCAAGUUCUCCAUGAUACCGAUGAUAACAAAGACAUCUCAUGCGACUCCUCUGGUUAUACUUCACCCUCUGCUACAAGUCUUGCCCAUGUCUUGUUUACUUCUGGCUCGACCGGCCAGCCAAAAGGCGUCAUGAUCAAUCACCGCGGCAUUGUACGGCUUGCCAAUAGUAACAUCAUGACGCACGUUCCCUCGCACAGCAUUACAGCACAUAUAUCGAAUAUAGCUUUUGACGCUGCUACUUGGGAGAUUUAUAGUGCCAUUCUAAAUGGGGGUACACUGGUCUGCAUUGACGAAACGACAGUACUGGACUAUGCUUCCAUGAGUGAGACAUGUCUUCGUGAGAAUAUUCAAACUGCUCUAUUUACAACGGCACUUUUCAAGACGUACGCUCAAAAUGCCCCGGAAGUCGUGACCCGUCUCAGCGUGGUUUUUAUUGGUGGCGAACGCCUUGAUACCAACGACCUUCCCACAGCAUUGAAAGCAAUGCCCGGAAAGAUUGUAAAUUUAUAUGGACCAACGGAAAACACAACGGUCAGUACAAUGUACUGCUUGCAGGAAACGAAACAUUGCAGUAACGGUGUGCCUAUCGGACGUGCAAUCAGCAACUCUGGUGCAGUUGUCAUGGAUUCGAAGCAGUGUCUAGUUCCCUUGGGCGUCAUAGGCGAGUUAGUCGUAUUUGGCGAUGGUCUUGCCAGAGGAUAUCUUGACCCUAAAUUAAACGAUGAACACUUUAUGCAGAUUCGAAUUGGCAACGAGUCGGUCCGAGGCUAUCGAACAGGCGACCAUGUUCGCCAGCGUUUAGAUGGGCAACUGGAAUUCUUAGGGCGUAUAGAUGGACAAGUCAAGAUCAGAGGGCAGCGUGUUGAGCUCAGGGAAGUCGAAUGCGCCUUACGAGGCCACAAGCUCGUCCAUGACGCGGUUGCUGUUCUUCUUCAUGGCGCUACGAAUGGGGACUCAGAUAAUGCUCACAUUGCCGGAUUUGUCACGAUCGGCGCAGACCUUGAAGAUGAAGCCCAGGAUGGUGAUGAACACCAGCUUGUUUCUACGUGGAAAGACCGAUAUGAUGGCGACUCGUAUACAGGAUUCGAUGACAUUCAGAUGGAUGCUUACGGAAGAGAUUUCACUGGCUGGACAUCAAUGUUUGACGGAAAGGACAUCGACAAGGCCGAGAUGAAUGAGUGGCUUGAUGAUACAAUAGCUACAAUAGCCACAGUUCUCAACGGCGAGCCUCCAGGUCAUGUCCUUGAAGUCGGUUCGGGAUCUGGCAUGAUUCUUUUCAACAUUCGUGAUGGUCUGCAGAGCUAUGUAGGACUUGAUCCCUCCGAACGAGCCAUCAAUCUCAUUGGAAAGAUAUCAAAAUCAUUUCCCGAGCUCAAUAACAAGGUGACUAUGUACAAGGCCACUGCCGCAGAUGUUCGCCGAUUGGAGAUGGUUGCUACACCUCCUGAUCUAGUCAUUCUGAACUCGGUAGCUCAGCACUUCCCCAGUCAGGAAUAUCUGUACCGAUUUGUCGAGGAUUUGCUUCAAAUCGGUACGGAUAUGACCCUUUUCUUUGGCGACAUUCGGUCUUAUGCGCUCCAUAAAGACUUUCUCGCUGCUCGCGUGCUAAGAACGGUUGGAGAAGAAGUCAAGUUGGAUACAAUCCGCCACAUGGUGGCAGAUAUGGAGAAGGCCGAGUUGGAGCUUCUCGUUGACCCAGCUUUUUUCACCGGCCUGGCGCUGCGCCUACCAGAUCGGAUUGGGCAUGUCGAGAUCAUACCAAAGAAGAUGAGCGCCACGAACGAAUUGAGCUGUUACAGAUAUACGGCAGUUGUGCAUGUGAAGGCUGGCAGCCAUCAAGCUUCUGCAGCUGCAUACAGGCAACAUGUUCGACAUAUCCCUCAAAGUGACUGGAUAGAUUUCAUGGAACAACGUCUAGAUCGAGAAUCGCUCUUACACUUACUUCAAGCAUCAUUUGACUCUUCUGAUUCUACCCUAGCCAUUGGCAACAUCCCUUAUACGAAGACCAUACUUGAGAGGCAUAUGGUUGAGUCAAUCAAGACUGAUAAAAGCAAUGAUUUUGACGGAAAUUGGAUCACUUACAUACGGCAAAGAUCCGAGAGCUGCUCUCAUCUUUCAGUCACUGAUCUGCACGCUCUUGCGGAGGAAGUCGGAUAUUCCGUCGAAAUUAGCUGGGCCAGGCAGUACUCCCAACGAGGCGGGCUCGAUGCAGUCUUCCACAAAUAUGCGCCGGAUAAGAGAGGGAAAAGAAUUUUAUUUAACUUUCCUACCGAUCAUCAGAGUCGUCCAUACCAAUCGCUCAGCAGUCACCCUCUGAAACAUCAAAUUCAACGAAAAACACAAGAGCAGCUCUACGAGCUGGUGAAGACACAGCUGCCUCAAUACAUGAUACCUCAGACCAUCACAGUUUUAGAUCAAAUACCCGUCAAUGAAAACGGAAAGGUUGACCGCCGAGCUUUGGUAAACAUUGUUCAGUCUCAGAUAACAGAGCGUGCGUCGAUACAACAACCUACAUCCGAAGUCGGACGACAGAUGCAGGUUAUCUGGGCCAAGGUCCUUCAUAUGGAGCCACAAGCAAUCGGCAUCAAUGACAACUUUUUCAAUCUUGGAGGAAACUCGAUUGCUGCAAUGAAGGUUGCCGCGGCGGCUCGAGAUAUUGGUUGGAAGCUCUCAGUAGCUGAUAUCUUCUACAGCCCAACCCUAUCUAAUUUGUCAAUGACGGCUUCCAAGUCUACCUCAAUCAUGACAAAGAUCCCAGUAACUCCCAAAAUAGGCUCUGUCGCGCAAUCUUAUGCGCAGGAACGCCUUUGGUUUCUGGAGCAGCUCUAUCCUGGCUUGGAAUGGCACUUGAUUCCAUGUGCAGUCCAUUUUAGGGGGCCACUUCAACUAGAUGCUCUCUCUUCUGCGCUUCUUGCCCUUGAAAAGCGACACGAAACCUUGCGGACAACAUUCGAUACCAUUGAGGGCGAGAAUGUACAGAAAGUACAUCUAUUCCAGCCAAAUAAACUCAGAGUUCAUAAUAUUCAGGCCGAUCGGCCGAACAGCCUCGUAGAAGCGCUGUAUAAAGAGCAAACGACUCCGUUUGAUCUGCAUGAAGUUCCAGAGUUGGCCACUCUGUAUAAGGCCGCCCUACACGGGAAGGACCCUCUCUCAGCCAUUGAGCCAUUGGCUGUGCAAUAUAGCGACUACGCUCUUUGGCAGAGACAACAAGACCAGGUUGAUGAGCACAACCGUCAGCUCGAGUAUUGGACAACACAACUUGAAUCAGGUCGACCUGCAGAACUGCUUUGUGACAAGGUCAGGCCGGCUACGAUAUCGGGCAGGGCAGACCUCCAAGAAUUCAGAAUCGAAGGCGCAAUCUAUGAGAAGCUCCAGAAAUUCUGCAGAGAUUACCAAGCAACGCCAUUCAUGGUCCUUUUUGCGGUUUUCCGGGCCGCUCAUUAUCGGCUCACGGGCGCUGAAGAUGCCACAAUCGGGACGGCCAACGCAGGUCGUGACCAUCAGGAGCUGAAUGCUUUGAUUGGCCUCUUUGUUAACAUGCAAUGCAUAAGGACUAGGGUCGAAAAUACCACAACGUUCGAGAAUCUAGUUAAAGAAGUUCAGGCAAUGACUAUUGCGUCCUUUGCUCACCAGGAUGUCCCAUUCGAGAGAAUUGUGUCGGCGUUAAGGAAAGAAAGAGACUUAUCCCGCAGCCCACUCGUUCAAAUUGUGUUUGCAUUACAUUCGCAGCUAAGCCUUGCGGAGUUUGCGUUAGAAGGUGUAGAGGCUGAACCGAUCACACCGCCGAUGACUUCAAGAUUUGAUCUCGAGUUUCACCUCUACCAAGAAAAAGACGCCUUGAAAGGACAAAUAAGAUUUGCAACUGAUCUCUUCAACUUUAAUACAAUUGACAAUCUGAAGUCGAUCUUCCUUCGAAUUCUAGAACAGGGACUCACCAGCCCAAAUGUAUCAAUCGAAUCGCUAUCCUUAAUGACGAAGGAAGAAUACGCGAAGCUCGACUCUAUGAGACUCUUGGAGAUAGAAUCAACAAAUUACCCUCGUAAUUGCAGUCUCGUCGAAGUCUUUCAGCAGCAAGCCGCUGCCAAUCCGGAUAAAGUGGCAGUGAGAGAUGGCCCUAUCAGUCUUACGUAUUCCCAGCUGGAUGAGAAGUCAAAUCACCUGGCCCAAUGGUUGCGCAGGCACUCGUUUGCUCCGGAAACACUUGUUGGUGUUCUUGCUUCUAGAUCUCAUCUCACCAUUAUCACCUACCUGGGUGUACUCAAGGCCUGCUUAGCUUAUCUUCCCCUGGACCCAACAAGCCCUCUGAGUCGAACCAAAGUCAUUCUUUCGUCAGUCAAGGACUGUAGGCUAAUUUUGGUUGGACCUGAUGCUGAGGAUUAUGCGACGCAGCUGGACAGUAUUAAUUCUGAGAGCAUCACAAACAUCCUCGAGUGUCCCAUCUACGCCAAUGGGGACGUUCAAAAGCCACUCACCAACCUCUUUCCUGCACCAGAUAAUCUUGCAUAUGUCAUGUUUACCUCAGGUUCAACGGGUCAGCCCAAGGGUGUCAUGAUCCAACAUGGCGGUAUUCUUCGACUAAUCGAAAACAAGAAGAUGGUCCAAGAUCUACCAGAUGCCGUAAACACAGCUCAUAUAGGAAGUGUGACUUUCGAUGCAUCGACGUGGGAAAUUUAUCCCACGCUACUGAACGGUGGUACUCUAAUAUGCUUCAGUUCUAUGGAAUUGCUGGAUUAUAAAACACUACCAAAAGCAUUUGCCGAUGAGAACAUACAGUCGAUGUUCAUUACGCCCGCUUUAUUGAGACAGUAUCUUGUUCACUGCCCCGAUCUGUUUCGUGGAAUACAUACACUUCAUAUUGGCGGAGACCGACUUGACACGCAAGACGCAUUUACUACGAUGAGACUAAUCACUGGCAAAGUCUUCAACUGCUAUGGACCAACUGAAAACACCUGUAUCAGUACAUAUUUCCACAUUUCUAGUCCUACUCCAGAGAAUUGCGUUAAUGGGGUACCUAUCGGCCGUGCAUUCCCGAAUUCUGGAGCUUUUGUAAUGGACUCACACCAGCAACUUGUUCCUCUCGGUGUAGUUGGAGAACUUGUUGUCACUGGCGACGGUCUUGCGAGAGGAUAUAUUGAUCCAAAUCACGAUCUAGACCGUUUCAUCUCAAUCAAAAUUGCGGGAAAAGAGAUGAGAGCUUAUAGGACCGGAGAUUACGUACGAUACCGGCGAGAGGACGCGCAACUGGAGUUCUUGGGCCGAAUGGACAAUCAGAUCAAGAUUCGGGGUCAGCGUCUUGAGCUUGGCGAAAUCGAGCAUGCCAUGCUCAGUUAUAAGGCUGUCAAUGAAGCCGUCGCAGUGAUUCGAAAGGGUCAAGAUGAUGAAGCGAAUCAAGAAGCAACAAUUCAUGGCUUUAUUACUCUUACGGAAGACGAUGGUGCUGCCCAAGACCAGGUUCUUGAAAUGCUUCGUCAACAGUUGCCCUCUUAUAUGGUGCCACGGACAAUCACUAUUCUUGACGAAAUGCCCAUCAAUAGCAGCGGUAAAAUUGAUCGUCAAGCGCUUGCUAAGCAACGUGUCGAUGGCAGAUUGAAGAGGCCAAUACAACAGCAGCCAUCAACCGAGGCACAGCGACAACUUCAAUCGAUAUGGGCCAAAGUUCUGGCUAUUGAGCCGUCAACCGUGGGAUUGGAUGACAAUUUCUUCCUUUUAGGCGGAAGCUCAAUUGCCGCGAUGAUAGUGGCCGCUGAGAUUCGAAAAGCUGGCUACCAUGUUACCGUCGCUAAUAUUUUCAACCAUCCAUCCCUCCGUGAUCUAUCCAGUCAAGUUCAACCGAUAGCGAGUUGUGUCACGGAAAUAUUUGCACCCUUCUCUCUCUUAGGUAGCGCAUUUAACAAGAUGGAAUUCUUACAAGAGGUUUCGAGUCAAUAUAACAUAGACCCCACGCUUGUUCGAGAUGCAUACCCUUCUACAUCGUUGCAAGAGGGUCUCUUAUCCCUCACCUCCAAGCAAGAUACCGGCUAUGUUAUGCGGGCAGUUUUCAAACUACCGUCGUCAAUCAAGGUGGAGAAAUUACGAGACGCAUGGCAAACUGUAUUUCAUGCCUUGCCCAUCUUACGCACCAGGCUUAUCCAGCAUAGCACACAUGGUACUGUACAAGUCGUCGUGGAUGAAAAGAUCCAAUGGGCCACCGCAUCUAACCUGGAUGAAUAUCUAGAGGCAGAUGCUAAACGUCAAAUGGGACCUGGAAAGCCGCUUACAAGAUAUGCCGUUGUUCAAGAUACUUCAGGGCUGGAUAAGUGGCUUGUCUGGACGGUUCAUCAUGCUCUUUAUGACGGAUGGUCACUGCCACUUAUCCUAGAUUCAGUAAGGAAGGUAUACCAAGGCAGCAAACUGAAUCCAGGACCACAAUACCAGGCAUUCAUUAACUAUAUCACGCAUCAAGACCAUGCUCAGACCACCAGGUACUGGAAGGAGAUGUUGGAUGGCAGUGGAUGCGUCUCCUUCCCGACACUGCCUCCUUUUAUAGACCAACCUGCAGCUGAUAAAUCUGUUGAGUACUCCAUUUUACAACCACGGCAAAGACUCUCUGGUGUAACGACAUCUAAUUUAGUCCGCGCAGCAUGGGCUCUUGUGGUAGGAAGAACAACUGCUGUCGAAGAAGUUGUCUUUGGCGCCACAGUAUCUGGGAGGAAUGCACCAGUGGACGACAUUGGCAUGAUGAUUGCACCAACUUUUGCAACGGUCCCAAUACGGAUCAAGUUGACUCGCGCUCACAGCGUGGGCGAAUACUUGACAAUGGUGCAGGAACAGGCAACAGAGAUGAUUCCGUAUGAGCAGACGGGCUUACAGAGAAUUGCUGCCGUGUCUCCGGAGGCAAAGCAUGCUUGUAGAUUCCAGACUCUCCUCGUCAUCCAGUCACAGCCCGUCGGUGAAGCAAGUGUGCAAGACGGGGUUGAGUUGGACAAAGACUGCACACAAGGACGGCCAGCCGAUACCUACGGAUUGGUUCUUGAACUAAACAUUAUGGAAGAUUCCAUCCAAGUCUCAGCAUCGUUCGACUCCAGGAUGAUUGAACCCUUGAUGGUAAAGAGCUUACUGGAACGUCUCGACAACGUCAUGAAUCAGCUGGACCAGGCAAACUCAGAGCACCCAUUAUCGCAAGUUGUAAUGACAUCAUCUCAAGAUAUUAAGCAAAUUUGGGAUUGGAAUCGGACUGUCCCUUCGGCGAUACACCGAUGCCCCCACGAGCUAAUUGAGGAGCGAUCAAAGGCCUAUCCUGCCUCUACUGCGGUUUGCGCUUGGGAUGGAGAACUCACUUAUGGGGAGCUCAUGCGCCUUGCAGAUAGCCUUGCUCAGUAUCUAACGUCACUGCAGCCAAAUGAUGCAACAAUCAUUCCGAUCUGCUUUGAGAAAUCUAUGUGGACGAUAGUUGCGAUAUUUGGAGUUCUGAAAUCUGGGGCGGGCUUCGUCCUACUUGACCCAUCGCUCCCGGAACAGCGACGACAAGCAAUCAUUCAACAAGUUGAACCAAAUUUUGUCUUGUGUUCAGCCUCGCAGGAAGCAUCAUGUGUCCAGACACAGGUCCAUUCGCAACUCCGCCGCUGCAAUCCGACUUCACCGAUGUACAUGGUAUUCACAUCAGGAAGUACUGGAACACCGAAAGGCGUUGUUGUUACCAAUGAAAAUUAUGCAACGGCGCUCGAACAUCAAAAAUUGGACUAUGGGCUCACCAAGGCCUCGAGGUUUUCUAGCAUUGCAUCUUAUAGUUUUGAUGCGUCGAUUGAGGGCAUUUUCCGCCCCUUAUACGUUGGUGGGUGCUCAUGCGUGCCGAGUGAGCAUGACAUUAGAUCCGAUCUCGCCCGAAGCAUGAACGUUCUGAAAAUAAAUUCUUUGAUAACGAUACCUUCGCUGCUUCGUUUGCUAUCCCCAAGUCAAGUACCUGGUCUGAGGACCAUACUGAUAGGAGGAGAAGCUGCCUGUCGCCAGGAUGUUGAAGAAUGGUGGGGCAAGGCGAAGAUUAUCAAUCUAUACGGUCCCAGCGAGUGCUCUCCUGUAACUGCCAUUAAUAAUUCGGCCACGAGCCCUGAAGCUGUCUGCAAUAUCGGGAUGGGAGUUGGAUUGGUGACCUGGGUCGUGGAUCAAGAUGACCACAACAUCCUGGUGGCUCCUGGAUGUGUAGGUGAGCUUGCUAUCGAAGGUCCUCCAGUUGGUCCGGGAUAUUUCAACGAUCCAGAGAAAACUGCAACAGCAUUCAUCAAAGACCCUAUGUGGCUUUUGAAAGGUGCGCCGGGGCAGGUGGGACGACAUGGUCGAGUUUACAAGACAGGCGAUUUGGUUCGCUACAACAUGGAUGGAAGCCUGAGAUACAUCGGCCGAAGAGACUUUCAGAGAAAGAUCCGAGGCCAGCGUAUAGAACUCGGUGAGGUGGAGCAUCAAUUGGAGACUUUGUUGAAUCACCCAGGUCAAAUAAUAGCAGAUAUCAUCGAACCACAGGGCGACAAUUCGAGCUCGAUGCUCGCAGUGUUCAUCCAAAAGACAGAUGCUCAGGUUUUGGUUCAGGAUGGCACCAAGGACAACGAUGUAUCUAUAUCAGCGAUGCCAUCACAUGUAACCCAUAGGCUGUCCGAGAGAUUGCCUCAUUACAUGGUGCCCACAGUCCUCUUCACUCUGAAUAACAUGCCCAAGAAUGCAUCAGGAAAAACUGAUCGUCAAAAACUACGCCAAAUAGGUGCCUCAUUUACAAACAAACAGCUAGCUGAAAUGCAAACAGCCAGAGACGAACCAAAGCAGCCUGCGAGAUCGCAAAAGGAGCGACAGAUUCAAGAAAUAUGGGCAAGCACGCUGGGGAUUGAUGCAGAAUCAAUCGGUCUUGAUGAUAGCUUCGUUCAUCUGGGAGGCAAUUCCAUCACAGCGAUGAAGGUUUCUGGAGAAGCUCGCAAAUACGGAAUAGAACUUCGCAUUACCGACAUAUUUGGUCGUCAAACGUUGCGCGGCGUAGCAGAACAGGCUUCUGUAUUAAAAGGCUGCGAUACAAUUCCGUGCUUACAGCAGUCUAGGCAUGUGGAGCAAUCGUUUGCCCAAGAACGCCUAUGGUUCCUAGACCAACUUCACUCCAAUCUGCAAUGGUAUAUGAUGCCGUUGACGUUUCAUUUACGGGGACCGCUCCAGUAUGAUGCUUUGGAAGCUGCUCUUCAGGCAAUUGAGCGACGCCAUGACACUCUGCGAACCACAUUCGAAUCAAAGGACGGCAUCAACAUGCAGCUGGUGCACGCUUUCCAGCCCCGUAAGCUGAAAGUGACGGAGAUACCAUCUUUGAAUGACAAGUAUCUUACCCAGAUGCUAGAGCUAGAACUAACAAAACCAUUCGACCUUGGGAUUGAACCUGGUUGGAGGGUGACACUUUUCAGGUGCUCAGAUGACGAUCAUGUCUUGUCAAUCAUCAUGCACCAUAUAAUAUCUGAUGGCUGGUCAGUUGAUGUUUUACAAAGAGACCUGGCAGCCUUCUAUUCUGCAGCUCUUCGAGGUGACGAAGAUCCAACCUCUUCGAUUGGUCCGCUACCUAUUCAAUACACCGACUAUUCAGUUUGGCAAAAGCAACAGGACCAGGUUGAGAGUCAUCAACAUCAGCUGAACUUUUGGGUUGAACACCUGCAGUCAAGUGUUCCCGCAGAGCUGCUUUGUGAUAAACCAAGGCCACAGUCUCCUUCAGGCGCAGCAGAUAUUCACGACAUUAGGAUCGACGGAGCUCUGUAUCAUGGUUUGCAGGUUUUUUCUAAACUUCAUGGCGUGACUCCAUUUGCCGUAUUGUUAGCGGCAUUCAGAAUCAGCCAGUAUCGCCUAACAGGUGCUACGGAUGCUACUAUUGGGAUUCCCAACGCCAAUCGAAACCGUUGGGAAGUAAAAGAUCUCAUCGGAUUCUUCGUCAAUAUGCAGUGUAUUCGGACUGUUAUAAACGGACAAUCUUUUGAAACGCUCGUUAGCCAAGUCCGAGAUGAGAUGUUGUUAUCUUUUGCGAAUCAAGACGUGCCAUUUGAAAAGGUCGUGGCAAGCCUAGAAAAAGAUAGAGAUUUGUCCCGCCACCCCCUGGUGCAGAUUGUCUUUGCCCUUCAUUCACAGCGAGACCUCGGAAAACUCAAACUUGAAUCUAUUGAUGCAGAGCUUAUUGCUCCUGCGACUACCACACGAUUCGAUCUCGAGUUCCAUUUCUUUCAGGAAGACGAGGCUUUGCAGGGCCAGGUGAUUUUCUCAACAGAUCUGUACUACAGCGACACAAUUAGCAAUAUGAUAGCCAUCUUCCGCACCGUUCUAGAACUUGGUAUUGCUUCUCCUACCAUGGCAGUCGACUCUCUGCCGCUGCUCAGAGACGACGGUUUACUCAAGAUGAGACAAUUAGGAAUAUCUCAUAUCAAACAGACAGACUACCCGCGAGACUCCAGCAUUGUUGAUGUCUUCAGUCAGCAAGUAGUUAAGCAAGCCAACAAAGUGGCAGUAAAAGAUUCGACUAGCCAAUUGUCAUAUAGCGAAUUAGAUGAGAAAUCUACGAUGCUAGCAAGUUGGUUGGCACGUCGUGCGCUGGCUCCAGAGACAUUGGUCGGAGUGCUCGCGAAUCGAUCAUGCCUUACAAUUGUCGCAUUUUUAGGAAUCAUUAAAGCCAAUCUCUCCUAUCUGCCUCUGGAUACAAGAACCCCAGCUGGCCGUAUGGAGACAAUCUUGUCCUCUAUACCAGGACGGAGGCUUAUUUUACUCGGACCUGGGGUGGCACGCCCAACCUUGUCUCUCCCCAGCACCGAUUUGGAAUUCGCUUCAAUUGAACAAAUUAUAGACGAAAUGACACAAAAAGCGGUGAAACCCCUCACAUUAGCAAGGCAGCCUUGUGCAACAAGCCUUGCAUAUGUCAUGUUCACUUCUGGAUCAACCGGCAUGCCGAAGGGAGUGAUGAUUGAGCAUCGAAACAUCCUUCGAACUGCAGAAAUAGUCACCGAAAUGCAACACCUUUUGCCUAGAUUAGUUAUUGCGCAUGCCUCAAACAUCGCAUUUGAUGCCUCGACUUGGGAGAUAUAUACCGCUUUGCUAAACGGUGGGACAUUGAUCUGCCUUAGUCACUCGACCUUAUUAGAUUACCGGAUCCUGAGAACAGCCGUUGAAGAGGAAUGCAUUCAAGCCCUAUUCAUUACACCGGCUCUACUUAAGCAACAUCUUUUACAUCGCCCAUUUCCGAUUAGUGGAAUAGAGGUACUAUAUGUCGGAGGAGAUCGUCUUGAUCCUCGCGAUAUUGCGAUUGUAAAGAGCCUUACACAAACAAAAGUGGUAUGUGUUUACGGGCCAACCGAGAACACCUCUUACAGCACGCUAUACGAGAUCCCAGAUGAAGAACUUAUGACCAAUGGGGUCCCCAUAGGCCACCCAUUAAGAAACUCCGGCGCUUAUGUGGUUGAUUCGCAGCAACAACUGGUGCCUCUUGGAGUUAUUGGCGAACUCUUAGUGACAGGUGAUGGUCUUGCUAGAGGGUAUUUAAAUACACAACAAAAUUUAGGCCGAUUCGUCUCUUUUAAAGUAAAUGGGGAAACAACCAGAGGCUAUCUCACGGGCGACUAUGUGCGAUAUCGCUGUGACGGACAGCUGGAAUAUAUUGGCAGGAAAGAUGGGCAGAUCAAGAUUCGAGGCCAGCGUGUGGAGUUGGGAGAAAUUGAACAUACUAUGAGAACCCACAGAUCUGUUGACGACGCAGCUGCAGUUUUGAUACAAAAAGAAGGCGGUGAUACGAGUGAGCCACAAAUUGCGGGAUAUGUUACACUGCGCGACGAGGAUGACGGUGGAGCACUUGAUAAUACACAGGAAUAUGAACAGGUUAAGGAGUGGGAAGAGCGUUUUGACGUCGAAACAUACGAGUCCCUCACUGAUCUACAUCCUGAAAAGCUCGGAAGAGACUUUGUUGGAUGGACAUCCAUGUACGAUGGCGAGAACAUCGACGAGACUGAAAUGAAUGAGUGGUUAAAUGACACGAUGGAUGCGAUACUUGGCAGCAACUCCGCCGAGCAUGUCUUGGAACUAGGUUCGGGUUCCGGAAUGAUUCUGUUCAAUCUCACAGACACGUUGAAGUCAUACGUCGGCCUUGAUCCAUCGGAGCGCGCUGUCAACAUGAUAUCCAGCCACCUCAAAAGCUUUCCAGCUCUGAAGGAGAAGACAAAGAUAUACAAGGCAACUGCCGCAGAUGUGAAUCGGUUAGAAGUAUUCGCCGCAACAGAAUUCGCUGUAUUCAAUUCCGUUGUGCAGUAUUUCCCCAGUCAAGAUUACUUAUUUAAAACCAUUCAGAAGCUUAUUAGUCUCGGCGGCAUCAAGACAAUCUUCCUCGGCGAUAUCCGCUCUUACGCACUUCACAAGGACUUUUUGGCUUCGAGAGCGUUACACUUGUUAGGUGGUCGUGCAACGCCUGAAGAAGUGGCACGAAUUAUCUCCGACAUGGAGCGAGCAGAGUCGGAGCUGCUUGUUGAUCCUGCGUUUUUCACUGCCUUACCAAACAGAUUACAGGGCAUAAAACAUGUGGAGAUUUUACCGAAGAAAAUGCAUGCAACCAACGAACUCAGUUGCUAUCGCUAUGCUGCUAUUCUUCAUCUAACUUUGGAAAGUGAGCGGGAAGUUGUUGAGAUUGAAGGUGAUAAAUGGAUCGAUUUCGAAACGCAAGGCUUGGACACUGAAGCAAUGAAGAAGCUGCUACAGGAUCCUUCAUCUCCAUCCAUUCUACCAGUAGCCAAUAUUCCCAACGCAAAGACAAUCCUUGAGCGGCAUAUCGUUGCAUCACUAUCCGAUCAGACCCGGAAUGAGACAAACUCAUGGUUCCCUUCAGUUUAUAAAAUGGCCGCAGCCCAUUCGUCACUAUCCGCGAUCGAGUUGGCCUCCAUUGCCCAAGACUCCGGAUAUCAAGUCGAAAUCAGCUGGGCUCGUCAACAUUCUCAACGCGGCGGAUUCGAUGCUGUGUUCUACCGUGAUAAGUCGGGGGAAAGCAAGACUAAAAGCCAAACGCGAAGACUCUUCCAAUUCCCAACUGAUCACCUUGACCGACCCUACCAUUCCUUUACCAGCCAUCCCUUGAAACAUUACCUUCGGCAAAAGAUCCAAGACGAAAUCAAAGACCUCGUGCAAUCCCAAUUGCCACAUUAUAUGGUACCUCACGUCAUCACGGUGAUAGACCAAAUGCCCAUAAAUGAGAAUGGCAAAGUAGACCGUCGAUCCCUUGUCAAGAGCAUGCCAACACAAAGACAACGAGCUAUAGCACAGCCGACUUCAGACAACGAAAGAGAAAUGCAACGAAUAUGGGCCGACGUGCUAAAUAUAGCCCCCGAGAGCAUUGGAACUAAUGAUAGCUUCUUCUUCCUAGGAGGAAGCUCGAUAGCCGCCAUGAAAGUCGUCGCUGGGGCCGGCAGAGCUGGAUAUGAGCUUUCCGUCGCAGACAUCUUCCGUACCCCGAAGCUCGGAGAACUCGUCUCGUGCAGCUUUCAGCGAAUCACAAAGGCCGCCAAACUCGUCAAACCGUUUGAGUUGUUCAAGGAUCUUGAUAUAAGUUCCUUCAAAAGAGAUGUAUCAAAACAAUGUCAGCUACAACCCGCCAAGAUCGUUGAUGCAUACCCUUGUACUCCGUUACAGGAGGGUCUAUUGGCCCUGACCUCCAAGAGACAAGGUGACUACGUAAUGCAAGCGGUCUUCAACAUUCAGCCUGGAGUAGUAGUUGAGAAACUGUGCCAGGCAUGGGAAACAGUCUACAAAGCGCUGCCACUUUUGCGCACUCGAAUUGUUGAGCACGUUGAUCUCGGCAUCGUACAGGUAGUAAUUGAUGAGUCGCUUCCUUGGGUUGAGGCAACAUCCCUAGAGGAUUAUCUCGAGACUCUACGGGAGCUACCAAUGGGCAUCGGCCAGCCACUAUCCGCCUUUGCCGUGGUCAGUGAUACUACAGGGACACCUAAACGGCUAGUAUGCACUGUGCACCACGCUUUAUAUGAUGGGUGGUCUCUCUCUCUCAUCAUGGAUGCUGUGGGCAAAGCUUACCGAGACAAGCAAAUAGAAUUAGGAAGCCAAUUCCAAGCUUUCAUAAAGUUCAUCAAGGAGCAAGACGAGACCCAGACGAUAAACUACUGGGAGACGUCUCUGAAAGGCUACGAUACUCUACCAUUUCCAGCUCUGCCAUCAUCGGUCACAGAGGCCAGGACGGACACAUUCGUAAAACACACCAUCCCUCUUCCGCAAACCCGAUCAGACAUCACCACGUCGAAUCUGAUCCGUGCCGCGUGGGCUUUGGUGAUUAGUCGGAUGACCAACACACAAGAUGUGGCUUUUGGAGCCAUUGUUUCCGGCAGAAAUGCGCCUGUGUCUGGCAUAGACACACUAGCUGCUCCAACAUUUGCAGCUGUGCCUAUCCGUAUCAAGUAUUCCCCUACUCAACAUGUUUCGGCAUAUUUAAAGACUGUGCAGCAGCAAGCUACAGACAUGAUUCCGUUUGAACAGUUUGGAUUGUCUCGCAUAUCUCAUACGUCUCCAGGCGCCAAGGCAGCAUGCAAGUUCCAAACGAUACUGGUAAUUCAACCCGAAGAAAUGAGUGAGAUCCCAGACAUUUUAGGAAAGUUAGAGGACGAUGAACAAGAUUCACAGCGGCCAGACCCCUAUAGCAUCGCUCUUCAAGUACAGCUUGGCCAGGAAAGAAUCCUAGUUUCAGUAGGAUACGAUUCUCGAGUCGUUGAACCGUGGAUGAUUGACAGGCUGCUUGUUCAGCUUCAAAGUGCUAUGCAUCAAUUAGACUGUGCGAGACCCUCCCAGCCAUUAUCAGAAGUUGAUCUGGCCACACCUGGAGACCUUGAGCAGAUCUGGAAAUGGAAUGCAACAGUUCCAUCACCAGUAGAUCGAUGUAUUCAUGAUAUUAUCGAGGACAGGGCCAUCCAAUCGCCAACUGCAGAAGCCAUUUGCGCCUGGGAUGGCACCUUGACUUACGAAGAGCUAUCUCGUCUUUCUACAAAGUUAGCAGUACAUCUAUUAAGCCUCAACGUCAGACCAAACAUGACGAUACCGCUCUUCUUUGAGAAAUCCAUGUGGACCACUGUCGCAAUGCUCGGCGUGUUAAAGACUGGUGCAGCAUUUGCUCUUUUGGAUCAUUCCAUCCCAGAUGAACGCCUUCGAGCAAUGCUCAGUAAAAUCACCACAAAGUUGAUGCUGUCAUCAAAAGCAUUGGAGGGCUUGGGAUCCAAAUUAUCCAGCAGAGUACUGGCAAUUGACUUAGCGUUGUUCGCCAAUCUCCCCAAACAAUGCCAAAAUCUGCCAUCUUCCCCAUCUCUUUCAUCCCCCAUGUAUACGACUUUCACCUCGGGCAGCACCGGAACUCCAAAAGGCGUAGUAAUAUCCCAUGGAGCAUUUUCAUCGGCUGUUCAUUACCAGUCCGGUGCCAUGGGCUAUGACUCUUCUGUCAGAGCUUACGAUUUUACCGGCUAUGCAUUUGAUGUAGCAAUUGGUACGGCAUUCAUGACCCUCGCAUCUGGAGGGUGUUUGUGCGUGCCAUCAGAUGCAGACCGAAAGAAUAAUCUCACAUCAUCUGUGGUGGCGACCAAGGCCAACCACCUUGAUCUGACGCCCUCUGUGGCUCGCACGCUUCAGCGAGAGCGCCUUGUCAAUCUCAAAGUUUUGGUUCUCGGCGGCGAGAUGGCCAGUCAUGGUGAUUUUCAAGGCUGGCCGAAAGGGGUCUCCAUAUUAAACUUAUACGGCCCCUGUGAAUGCACACCUACGAGCACCAUUCGGCGUUACUCUCAAGAUAACACUAGCCCUUCAAACAUUGGCUUUGGUAUGGGAACAGUCACAUGGAUAACAGAUCCGGAUAAUUCACAAAGAUUGUCACCUAUUGGGGCCAUCGGUGAGCUUGUUCUCGAGGGGCCUCUAGUCGGUCUCGGUUAUCUUGGAGAGCCGGAAAAGACAGAAUCGGUCUUCGUCAACGAUCCCGCUUGGUUGCUCCAUGGCGCAGCCGGUAAUCUUGGACGGAAAGGUCGGUUGUAUAAGACAGGCGACUUGGUUCGAUACAGUUCAGACGGCAGCCUCGUAUUCAUGGGGCGCAAAGAUACCCAAGUCAAGAUCCGUGGUCAACGAGUUGAACUUGGCGAAAUUGAAAAGCGUUUGAGGGACUCCGUCCCAAAUCUGAAAGACGUCGCCGUUGAAGUAAUCGCGCAACGUGACGGGGCUCCUAGUGAUCGAUUGGUAGCAUUUAUAUCCUUUGAUGAGCAUUGCUUGCCCGAGCAAGUGAAAGAUGCGGUAUCUGCGAGCCUACCUGGGUACAUGAUUCCAACGGCUUAUUUUGCACUGAAUUACAUCCCAACGACGCAUUCUGGCAAGACGGAUCGUCGCCUCCUGCGCAAGAUGGGAUCUACCUUGACAGCAACGCAGAUUGCGGAGUCAGGCAGUGUUUCUUCAGAUCUUAAGCGUGCUCCAUCUACAGAGAUGGAACGACUGUUACAUACGACCUGGGCACAAGUUCUAGGCAUUGAUCCCCAAAUCAUAGGAGUUGAUGAUAGCUUCUUUCGCCUUGGAGGAGACUCCAUUCUGGCAAUGAGAAUUUCGGCAAUAGCUCGUACUGAAGGAAUCAAUAUCUCAACCAGCGAUAUCUUUGAGGGGAAAACGAUUGCCAAAAUUGCAGCAGUCGCCCGUAUGCAAGAACCCAAACAAGAAUCAUCAUUGUCAUCAAGGUUUUCGUCUCCGGAGGUCAUUAUAAGCGCGUACAAACAACUUCUACCUCACUUGGAGGUUCCUAACGUCAAUUCCAUUGAAGAUGUAUUGCCAUGUACUGCAAUCCAAGAGCGCAUGCUAGAGGCGCGGGCAAGAAAUCCCCAAAUCUAUGUAACCGAACUUGGCUUAGAGAUCAUCUCGAGAGACAACGACUCGGUCGAUUUCCAACGAAUUCAGCAAGCAUGGCACGCCGUUGUACGACACCACAGUUUACUGCGUGCCGUUUUUGUACGCAGAUCUCCAGAGGAAGGUGGAUCAUACCAGAUCGUUCUCAAGGAUCCAGUUCCAAGUAUCUCCCUCUUGCGGCAAGAAUUUAAACGCUCGGCAAUAAUCAAACCACUUAUGGGCGCUUCAUUCUCUGAUUCUGGUGUACAACACCACCUAUCUGUCUAUCAGACGGAUGUGACACGCGCCUAUCUCCACUUUGAGUUCAACCAUGCCCUUGCAGAUGGCCAAUCUUUCGACAUCCUUGUCCGAGAUUUCCAGCUUGCGUACGACAAUCGUCUUGAAUCUCAUUGUCCACCGUAUUCAAGAUUUCUCCAGUAUGUUAUGACUCAGUCUCAUGAACAUGAGCAGAGUCGUCACCACUGGGCGACUUAUAUGGAUGGCAUUGAACCUUGCUUGCUGCCUGCCUCAACACAGCCCGCAAUCGACCCGCGGGGCACUUUCCGUGUUGAUGUUACUGACUUGGACUCGGAAAAAAUCACAAAAUUCUGUGCAGAGCGAGAGAUCUCACUGGCAAACAUCCUACAAGUUGCUUGGGCCCUCGUGCUGAGGCGCUGGACAGGAUCGCGAGCUCCCUGCUUCGGUAAUAUUGUCUCGGCGCGAGAUGUCCCAGUCGAUGGAGUCGACGAGAUGAUGGGUCCGCUGUUCCAUCUAAUGCCAAGCCACGUUCUGCUAGAUGAUAACUGCUCUGUGUUGGGUGUUUUGAGGAACGCCCAUGAAGAGUUUGUGCAAAAUACGAAGCAUCAAGCUUACUCUGUGACCCAACUUUGGCGUGAUUUGGGAGCCUGUGGCUCUGACAAAAUGUUCAACACAGCCUUGUCUAUCGCUAGACAAACAGGAGCGCUCCAAGAGGCAUGUGACGGACAUACAUUCGAAGUACGAGAUGCUGUUGACCCAGUAGAGUACGCCGUUUACGUUAGAGGCGCACUCGGUGAUGAGUGUGUAUACCUUUCAUUGGAGUUCUGGGAAGAGCACACGUCCAGAGCAGAUGGUAGAAAGAUGGCGGCUGAAUUGGGCAAAGCAACAUCACUCAUUGUAUCGCACCCUGAGCGUGAUAUACGGAGCCUUAUUAAUGACGUAUCCAGUGAGAGCAUGUAA